UUUUUUUGAUAAAAGAUAUAUGAUGAUGAUGCUGAUGAGAUCUCCACGGUCGACGACUUGUACUAAUCUAAUAAUGCUGUGCAUUUGUGCCGUGGUGUUGUCGGUGGGCAUGGCGGCGGAUGGUCCUAGGGUUUUCAAGGUUGGAGACGAUUUUGGGUGGAGAGUCCCACUCCCGAAUGAUACAGCGGUUUACAGCCGCUGGGCGAGCAGCAACCGCUUCCACAUCGGUGAUUCACUCUCGUUUGUGUACGACAAGGACUCGGUGAUGGAAGUGGACAAAUGGGGGUUCUACCACUGCAACAGCAGCGAUCCUAUUACUGCCUUUGACAAUGGGAACAGCACACUCGACCUUGAUCGUCCUGGUCUCUUCUACUUCAUCAGCGGCUCCAACGAGCACUGCACCAGCGGCCAGCGUCUCAUCGUCGAAGUCAUGCAUAUCCACCACCAUCAUCACGCUGGCACUGCUUCCAUGCCUCCAUCCAUGUCGCCUCUCUCUGCCUCUCCCUCGGCCUCGGCCUCCGCGCUGCCUUCCUUUCAUGCUUUCCUUUUUCUGCUGCCCAUCAUAGCUACUUCUUGUUUCAUUUCGCCUUAGUCAAAUUGUGGUCUAUCUAUACUCUAUUAUGUUCUCCUAAUUUGAUAUGAUUCAUGUUUACUUCUUUUUUCCGGUAUUUUCAUUCAUCGAACCUUCACGAUAUAUUAUGUAAUUCCUAUUUAUUAUUUAUGUCUUCUCUUUAGA